UAGAUGGAUGUACCCUUUUAAAAGAUACAUGAAGGUAUUAAAGGGUUAUGUACACAAUCGUGUGUAUCCGGAGGGUUGUAUUGUUGAACGCUUCCAUGUGGAAGAAUCUAUACAGUUUUGCUCAGAGUACAUGGCUGAUUUAAGUGCAAUUGGGGUACCUACAUCAAGGUUAGAUCUAGCAAAUACUAGCACUGCUUUAUUAAGCACUGUUAUAGAAUCAAUGCCGCAUGACAAAUGGGAGCAAGCACAUCGAACUAUCUUUGGUAAUACAAUGGAAGUUGAUCCUUACAUAAAGUAAGUUAUCUUUGAAAACAACUCUACUGUUUUUUAUUUAUUUAUUAAGUCAGCUUAAUAACAAAAUUAUUAUUUGUGCAUUGUAAUGUUUUACAGUUAACAUAAGCAGCAUUUGAAGGAGACUAAUCCUAGGAAAGCAAACGAUGAAAAAUGGAUACAAGACAUGCACAACUAAAGGUUAUUAGUUGGUUUCAUCAUAGGGUCAGUUGUGGUUAUAGUACUAAUUCGUGUUGAACAUAUUUAAUUGGUACGACAAACAAAUUUAUUCUGUUUUAUUAUCCUAGGUGGGUGGUCAAUUAUGCAUGAAUAUGAAUGCGGUGACAGACACUGUAAAGUGGUUGGUUGAAAGGAGUUAUGAAAUAUAGCGGUUAUGCAAUAGAUGCAUACCGAUACCACACCAAAGCACGAGACAACGAGCGUGUUAUCCAAAAUAGUGGGGUUUGCUUGGUAGCAAGUACUAUGCAAGUUUCGAGUGCAAAGGAUAAAACUCCAGUUGUUUCAAACAUGAAAUUUUAUGGAGUUCUUGAAGAAAUAUGGGAGCUUAAUUAUCAUCAGUUUCAGGUGACUUUAUUUAAGUGUGCAUGGGUUGAGAAUGAGAAAGGUAUCAAAUAUGACGAUGACAUCGGGUUGACUAUGGUGAACCUUAAUAGGAGAGGUUAUAGAAAGGAUGAAUUUGUUAUGGCCACUCACGUGAGUCAAGUGUUUUACAUUGAUGACCGUGAAAACGAUGGCUAGUCAAUUGUGCUUUCAAUGCCGAAUAGAGUCUAUGUUCAUGGUGAUGAGUUAGAAGAUGCUAUACUUGAACACCAAUCAUUUACCAAUGGACUACCAUCGGUUGAAGAAUUUAAAUAUGAAUUGGGUGAGGGAGAUACGAAGUACAUUCGAACAGAUUGCGAGGGUAUAUGGGUCACUAAUUGAAAUAAAAGAGCAUAGAUGUCGGUUUAUGUGUGUGGAAUGCCCAAAGCAUUGCUCAAUUUUCUAAUUUUUGCCUUAAUCAAUCUUGUUAUGGGUUCACCAAAGAAGAUUCCAGUAAAACGCUCAAAAGGGAAACCGGAGAACCACUCGGAUAUACCCCAAUCAAAGGAAGCUUCUUCAUCAUAAACAACUGUUAGCAUCACGAGUGAAGCUAAAAGAAAGCGUGGUCCAACAGAAAUGCAUAAAAUUCAAAAGAAAAAAAAAAGAAAGGGAAAAAGUCAAUAGUUGAGUUUAGCCCAAAAGGAGAACCAAUGGGGAAGGUGGGCAAACAAUAUGCGUCAUACACAGGUGUAAUGGCUCGAACCAUAAUCCCCAUUCAUAUAAGCAGUUGGCUAGCAGUGGAUGACCAUUUGAAGGAGAAAAUCUGGACAAAAAUAACGGAAAUCCAUGAACUCCAAAAGGAGAGCUGCAGUAAAUGUAAAUACCAUCAUAGAACUAGCCGUAAGGGAUAUAUUGGAGUGGUAGAAGAAUUGGUAGAUAAGAAGAUAGUGGCAAAGGAUGAGGAAGUAGAUCGAGCUCUUCUAUGGAAGGUAGCACGUGAAGAUAAGAACGGGAAGAUUCUUGAUGAGGAGGUAGUUGAAUUGGCUGGAACAAUUGAGAAAUUGUUGAAGGAGAAAGAAGAAGGCCUUAUAACUGUAUCUGGUUAUAAUGAUGUCUUAGCUAUGGCUUUAGGGACCCCUGAACAUGGUGGAAGGGUGAGGGGUGUGGGAGGCUAUGUGAAGCCAAAUGCGUUCUUCAACGUUCCUAGGAAAAAGAGGGAGUGCGUGUCAAAGGAAAUGGUGAAAGAACGAGAUGUUUUGCUGCAAGAGACAAAAAAGAUUAUGGAAGAACAACAGAAAAAGCACGAAGCUAUGCAAGAACUUCUUCAAAAGCAAAUAGAGAUGCUGAAGGUGGCGAUUUCUGGUCAAACCUGUAAUGUAUCUAACUCAUCCCGUAUUCCAAAUAUUUCUCACAUGUUCGAGAAAGCAUCAACAAACAUACCAUAAAAAUUUAUAGAAGUUGCUGUUGGUAAAGAAGUUUGUGAGGAUGGUUGUGAUGAUGUGGUGGAGCAAAUUGAAGUUCAGGCAAACAAGGGUAAAGAUUUGCAAAUUAGCUUUCGGCUCAAAGGACAAUAUUGUUGCAAGUGGCACAAUUUUUGACAUCAAUGUGCCUCAACAGCUGCUUCAUAAUGUUCCUUUAGGAGAGGGAAAUGUAAGAGUCUCUGUUAAUUAUGCCUUAAAUGGAGCUUCUCCACUACCGAUACCAGUGAAAGGAGUGUUGAAUACUGUUGAGGAUGUUGUUGGGUCUCAAGUAGCUUGGCCAGAGUAUCUUAUAGUUUUUAUAGAUGAUAUAGUGGAGAAGAAAAAGAAAACUACAAAGGAAAAAUUAGCGAAGUCAUUGUUUCAGUAUAUCCCAGAAACAGUACCAAAGUCUUGCAAGAUUUUAUACGGCUUUGCACAGAAACUGAUGUCCCAAGGUCAGACUCUCGCUUCAUAUAUUGAUGAGGACAUAUUUGGGGUAGAAAAGAUGAUAUAUGUCCUAAAAGAAGAUGUUAUCAACUUCAUUCAAAUGAAUGAAAUAGGACAAGCUGUAAUAACCGCUUAUAUUAGGUAAUAGUCACUUUGUGUUUUAUAAUUUUACGUUUAUAUUUGGAUAUGACAGGACUCGACCCAAAUUCCACUUUGGAAUCCGUGCCGAACCCUGUGCGUGUUCGACACUUGGCGGGUGCCAGGCACAAUUACUAAAUUGCCCUUCUAGUUAAAAUUCAAGUUUAUUACAAGUUCAACUUC